AUGAAUGCAAUCGUGUCUCUCGUACACUUUUGCGACGCUGACGGCCCUAGCGUAAUAUUUUGUACACAGGCUUUUCAUGAUAACGCUGCGGAAGACGUUGACGAAUGUUUUUCCGCAAGCAAUGGCAGAAGUUCUCCUGUUCCUGCCCGAAAUAUCACUGAAAAAGAAAAUGGAACUCUUUCAAAUAAGGAGUUAUCAAAUGCUAAUAGAUCAGCGCCAGCUUCUUGUGCUUCUUGCGCAUUUUCUUUACCACCACCUGAUACUUUAGGUGAUAUAAAAGUGGUUAACUAUUCUGAAAAAAAAGGUUUUAAAACUGAGGAUGACGAAAACCCUUUGAUCACUUAUGUUGGUUCUCGAUAUCCACAACAUCCGCAGUUAUAUUCUGCGGUACGACAAGCAUGUGUUAGAAGCUUAAGCUGUGAAUUUUGCCAAGGGAGAGAGGGUCCUGUAUUAUUUGGUGAUGAGAAGAAUGGUUAUGUCCUUAGUUAUAUGUUUAAAAUUAAGGAUAGUCAGGCUAGAGGAUUUCAGCGGUGGUACAGUUUUAUUUUCUUGAUGACAGAUCGUAUAUACUUGGUUGCUUCUUGGCCAUUCCUUGUUAGUAAAUUUAAAUCAUUGGCGACUGAUCUUCAAUCAAAGGCUAAUCAAAUAUUUGAGAGAGAAAAUACCGCACGUGAAAGUAGAUAUGGUGAUACGUUUUCUCGUACUGGUCCACUUUCUCCUUCGUCACCAGCUUGUGGCAGACGCUUGCAAGAAAGGCAUACAAAUGAUCAGACAUUGUUCCAAAAUACAUCUUUCCUCUCACAAAAUUCAGUAUUUCCUGUCGUGAAUGGUGUGAAUAAAAAAAUUCCUUUUAAUUCAACUGAGGAAUUAAAUACUCCUAUUGAAAAUUUGAAGUCUUUGCAAAAUAUGUUGGGUAUUGAGAGCUUUAGAAAAUUGGUUUUAAAUUUUAUUAGAGGAAAUCAAUUAAUCAUUCGUGGUUCAGAUUCGAAGAUCAUGAGAUCUAUUGUUUCAAUUAUUAAGGAUUUAGUAUUAAAUGGUUGUUCGGUAAUUGAAAAUGGAAUUGACUACCAACCAUUAACAAAAUGUAAUAUAUUGUGUAUACCUCCAGCCACACAAAUACCUAAAGAAGUGGAUAGAUCGACGUUUUGUUUAUUGGAUAUCCUUUGUUAUCUGUUAGCCAUUAUUCCAUCCCAAGAUGAACAAGAUGUCAAUAAAACAAUUAAAUUCAACUUAGAAAACGGCAUCGAUGAACUUACCAUUGGGGUUGUGAAUGUUAACGGAAAUUAUUUACCGUCUAAUUUAUACAUCAACCAAUUAUCAGAAAUAUUGAACUUUAAUUUGUCUCCUGAACUGAUGAAUAUGCGAUUAGAGAUGUUUAAGGAAGAAUGGUUAAGCAAAGUGAAACAAUAUCUUAGGUUUAUCAUGACUGGCGCUAACGUAGAUUCCGGUGCUGAUAAACCUGUCAAUGGUCGUAUAAUCAAUAAUACACUUAAACAAAGGGAAUUUAUUAAAUAUUUGGACGUUAGCGAAAUUGACCUGCCCACUUUGAAAUUUUUAUCAGACUGUUUAAAAAAUGUUUCAAGACAGAAUGCACAAGACUUGUAA